AUGUAUGCUGGCCACUGGUAUCGCCUGUUCCAAGAGGAAUUAAUGUGGAUUCCAGCCGAGAAUUUCUGUAGGGAAUUGGGGGCCCAUCUAGUUUCGAUCAAAGAUUUGGCCGAGAACGAUUUUGUUCACAAAUUACGAAAAAGUAAGAGGAAAAUGUCGUAAGCAAUUGUAAUACUUUUUAGAAAACAAUAUCUGGAUUGGAUUAAACAAGGUCAGAGAUACCGAGGGAUCUUACGAAUGGAGUGAUUCUAAUCCAGUUCAUUAUUUAAACUGGGAUUCCAGUCAACCAAAUGAACCCGAGGUGGAUUGUGUUUAUAUGGCCUACAACCAGGACCUUCAUGGGACCUGGUUCGACUACAGUUGUCAUGCCAAACUCCCGCAAUACUUUGUUUGUAAAUUAUCCUUGGACUAA